AUGCCGAGACACCACGGACGAUCGCACAAACAUAGGUCUAAACGGCAUUCAUCGUCAAGCGACGAGGAGGAUGAUGAGACGAGUUCCUCGUACGUAGGCGAUAAACGGCUUUUUGUUCGGCUGGCUGCUUUUGAUUUGGUGCUUCGUGAUGUUCCUGCCGAUGGCAAUUGCAUGUUCUACGCGUUUUCAGAUCACCUAUUUGGCACCAUUGAGAAGCAUGCCCUGUUGAGAAGGGAAGGGGUAUUUGUUUUGCUCAACUACAGGGAAGAACUAUUGCCCUUUUAUGAAAAGGAGGAGUUCGAUCAUGGGCUUAAUGGCCUUGCCAAACCUGGAACCCUUGGCGGUCAUGCCGCCUUACUCGCCCUCUCUCACCGCUACAGCGUUGAUGUGGUCGUGCACCGGGUAGGCCGACGCCCCAUCUUGGUCUUCGAAAGCCCGUUCCAUGACCGCCGGGCGCUCCAGGUUCACCUCGUUUUGCAUCGCGGAAUGCACUAUUCCAGUGUUAGGAAUCGUAACAACAAAGGUGGCCCAGCGAACGUUCAUAUUGAUCCCUCAGAGAUCCUUUCAAAGACGAAAAUCAAUAAGAGAGAAUUGUUGCCGUUUUGUGAAGAGAACGAGUUCGAUCAUGAAGUUGAUGAACUUGCCAAACCUGGAACCUUCGGCGAUCAUACCUCCUUACUCGCCCUCUCCCGCAAAUACGACGUUGAUGUGGUCGUGCAUCAAGUGGGACUCAAUCCUAUGUACGCCGUCCGUAUCCCGUCCCAUGACCGCCAGACGCGCCAAGUUCACCUCGCCUUCCAUGACAUGAUGCACUAUUCCAGUGUGAGGUGUCGUGGCGACAUAGCACUCAGAAUGGGCAAUCAAAUCUAUGGGACAAUGUCUUCGCAAAUGGCCAGUUGCGAGGAGUGCUUACAGGAAUUACAAAUUCCCCUAAAAGUCGAAGAGGAGCUUUUUGGUUCUCGUCUAUUUAAAGUGGCCAAAGUGAGGAAUCCAGAUCCCGAGGCUUCUGCACCGAAAAUUGUGAAGAUCUUCCCCUACACCAAAGCCACUUUUCGCAUAGCCGAAGCCCAACAAACUGUCCUUCCCUUUUGUAAACAUAUUGCGGACGCCCUGAACCUUCUACCAAUAACGUCCAUGCGGUUUUCACACCUUCUGCUUGCUUCUCUGCUGAUUUCCCUCUGGGCCCCAGUAGGAUGUGUUUCUGAGGCGAUUUCAACGUCAGCCUCCAGUAAUUUGGAGGUGACUGAACCCAGCCAUGUGAGUUAUGGCCACGAGGAACCGUCGGAGGCGGAUGGUUGGGUGCCCGUAAGCGAGGAGGAACUGGAGAAGUUACUUAAAGAAAUCGAGGCAAUGGAAAAAGCCCAAACGACAGACAGUCAGGAUAAAACUACUGUCGCAAUUGGAAGUGCUUGA